AGACUCAAUUUUAUCCACACCUCCCCGUUUCCUAGGCUUACAACUGGUUCGACUUGUUCAGUUAUAGAUGAUGAGAUUGAAGUUAGAAAGGACGAGAAUGGACCACAACAUCAUGGGAAAACAUGCUCGUCUCGAGCACGUUCUUCCGACUUCAGAGACAUUGUAGGGAUGUGUGCUUGAACGGAGUUCGUUGCUCUUCUUGCUGCACAGCGUGAUAGUUGAGCAGUGACUUUACUGUGUACUUGCUGUUGGUGCACGUGGCUGAUUGUGCGAUUGUGUGACACCACUGGCCUCCUCUUUAUCAGGCCUGUACGAGAAAUUAGCAGAAUGUCCUCGACAUCCUUUUGCAGCGAAGAAACUUUGAAAUUUUGACUUCUGAGUACUAGGAGCAGUCGCGUCUGCAGCUAACAAAUUUUGGAAACCUGCCUGAAGCCCAAGCAAAUCGGAGUAGCUUAAACAGGUCAAAUUGAGAAUACAACAUCUGAGGAGACGAGGAGACGAAGAUGUCCGCUACAGCAGCAGCACGUAGUAAUAAUGGCACCCUGCCAGGGAGUCGACCACGUAGUGGUACUUCCGCGAAGGAGGCAUGCGAAUCAGGCUACUGCGUAUUGCCUUACAUUUUCCUUAAGGUGGACGAAGGGCACACACAAACACACACAUUGAGUAAGUAAGUAGCUUCUUUGUACGUUGAAAACCAUAACGAAAACGAAGAUGAUCAAAUUUGAUGAAUAAUAGUCCUAGCUACGCUGGCUCCACCACUAAUCAUAUUAUAGUUUUCUAAUUCUAAAUUAGAAACCUUCUUCCACCUCUUCUAAGAUAAAGAUCAUUUGAUAUAUCGAAACCAAGAUGAAACUACUUCUGACUGAGCAGGCGAGUACUCGUCCUACUGCGCGAUCAUGCCCUGUGAAACUGAACUACCUUCACCACCGCUCUCCCUCUCACUCUCUCCUCUAAUCUAGAGAAGAUGACUUACCCCGAAGGCCAUCCCAAGAUCCAGAUGACGGAGGAGGAAACUGCUGACAGUUUUCGGAGAGCGUUGCGACGACUCGAGCGAACCCGUAAAGCCGCAGAUGCCUUAGCACAGAGUGCAAAAAUUAAGGCUUGUUCGCUUAAUCCAUCUGGUGCUCCGGAAGCAUCUUACUUAGUUAGAUGGGCUGUCCCAUAAUGAUCCAUCUCCAGAAGCAUCUUAGUGCUACUUAGGGCUGUCCCAUAGGCAAGGGGAAAAGGAAAACGUAAACGGCUCCAAGAUGGAUUCAGGUGAGCUCUAAAAAACGUUGGUCAAAAUCGAAGACAAUGCGAGUUCAGGCACCAUCUUCCACGGCACGGUCGUCCUCGAUGACAAGCACCAGCACAACCAAUACGUCUAGUACACUAGUUAUGACAGAAAAACGUCAAAGUGCACUCUCUCAUGCAGACGCGUACUCCAAAGAGUAGCUAGAAGUUGUAGUUCUAGUUCGCUAUAGCUGGGCCUAAGUGGUUCCCUCCUUAUGCUUAUUAUCAAAAUAAGUCCUUCUAGCCAAUCCCAAUUUUUUGAGUACUAAUAUAGUCGUGAGUGCACUUUAUUUUCCACCUUUCAUACUAGCAACUAACCUUGCACAUCAUGGGACCACAGACGCAGGCGCGUCUCCACGCACCAAACUGCCUGACGCAUAUUUAGCAAGCUUUCCACCUCUACAGGACUUAAACAUGGGAGAAGUGAGCAUAGAUCCCAAUGUAACGAGUGGCGGCAACAUAGCGAGUGGGUCUCCGGGAUUUAGUUCUAGCCUCAACCUGCCUUAUGCAGGAUCGCCACGAGGGCCGCGUCGUAUGGAACCCAGUAGUACUAGUGGAGUGAUGUAUGGAAAGAACCCGUUUGCGGAAUUAUUCUCCGCAUCAAAGCGAAAUUGGGUUACUGCGUCUUCACCUUCUCCUCCCGGUGAUGGUAAGGUCUGGAGUGGGGUUGGCGAGUGUACCCUUAACGAUGCUUUGUUAUCAGCUCCCGUAGUAGUGGCUGCUCCAGAAGAGGAAACAGCGGCACCGAAUAAAGACAAUAAAACAGCUGGAACAAUUUUUAUUAAGGCUCGAUGCAAUUCUAUUACAAAUACAAUUCGAAUUCCAAGAAUCUUCUUCAUUUUUUUCGGUUUAGUUCUUGUUAGGAAAAAAUUCUGAAGAAAUGAAGCGAAGAAGUGAAUUGUUUUGAGCUCAUCUAAGAUAAAACCCGCUGAGGUGGAAAUGGCGAGGGCCGCUGUUGUUCCUAGCAGUUAUUUGGAUGAUGAUGAGGAUGUAAUCGAGGAAGGCCCAACGCACGUUUUGGAGUCCACUGUAGUGAAGGACAUCGACUUACUCAAUCCAGCAGCAAAAAAUAUGGAACUAAUACUUCUGUCCCACCAAGAUCCGCUUCUGAGUCACCAAGUAGAAGAUGUCCAUUGAGGUUUUCCGUUCUUUGAUGAUGUGUGAUUGUAGGUGCUCCAACCCGAAGGUCCUAUUGACAUGAUAACGUUUUUUUGUAAUUUUUUGCAUCAACGAAGAUUGUACGUCGCAGAAGCUACCACUGAAGACCACACCCUAGCUCCUGUUAAUACUACAACUUUUCGAGAUUGAUUCUCAACAACUUUUCGACAUUCUAAUAGAAGCAGUUACCUGAACGAUCGAGCGCGGUAUUUGAUGUUACGGCGACGGCGAGACGUAUUGUUGAGGAAGAAGGCGAAGCUGAUACAGGAGAAGAAGUCGGGGUACAAGUACAUGCAACCGAAUGACGUAGAAGCAGCUGUACAGUUAGAGCAGGAUUACGGAGCGCCGUCCACUGUAUUAUGGCGCUCACCAGAUUUUAACAGGAGACCAGCACUUCUAGGAGCAUUGAUACCAGAUCAAUCAAAGCUGUGAAUGGGAUCUCAAAGGAAUAAUCACUCUUAAAGGAAUAAUUACAGUUCUAAGAAUAGGCCAGACGAAAGCAGUUUCUGGCAAUUUGAGUGCGUCGGGUGGAUCCUCAAGUACAAGUGGUAAGGAGCUUGAUUACGUAACCCUCCCUGAUGGGACACAAGUACCAACAACACAGAGGGACGCGAAAGUACCUAUACUUUAGAUCUUGAUCUUCUUUUUUAAAACUAGUAGUAAUACAUAGAUAAUUUUUGAUGACAAGAAUGAUGUCAUACUUGUCACCCAUCUUGUUCGAAGUCGCGCUUUUAUUCUUCAUUGUGAAUGAAAUCAAAAGCUACAACAGGCAUACACAGUCGGACAAUCGCAGUACGAGGCUUCGAAGGUAUUGUCGAAAAGAGACGAGCCAAAGUCGAUGGUUUUGGCAUUGAGUCGUGUAGCGCGUGAACUCCGCAGGUUGGACCUGGACUCGCUGAAGGAGCUGCUUCCUGCCCUAACCUUCGACACGGAUGUAGUGCUAGAGGCGGAACGUGGCCUAGGCUACAGGGUGGAUCCAAUGUUCGUUCGAAAUUUGGAAUUAACAGAAAAGCAUCAAAAAAUGACUAUGUCUAGUACGGACGAGAGGAACAAGAACAUUGUUGAAGGAGCGCAAGGAGAAUCUCUCCACGCCCCAGCUAGUUUCCGAAGUGCAGGACGAGGCGCAGAGUUUUUCUCCGGAGCAAAAGCAUCGCCAGAAAUGCAGCUUUUGUUUUUAAGGCACUUGCGUCUGUUCUUGAUGAGUUUCAAUUCCUUGACGUGGUCGUCGGGAGAACAACAACAAGUCGUUAGUAAGUACGACUACUAACCUUGCGUGUUCCGAAAUCAGGAGUACAACUAUAACUAACUCAUCACCACGCGGCACCACGACGUAAAAACCUGCGUCCAAUAAAUGGAGAUCUUCCACUCCAUCGUCUAUCACCACCUCGCUAGUCACUUUGUCUUCGUGCUACACCAUGACAAACAUUGAUUCAGAAUUAUCCAAUGCCUUUCCAUCUCAUUCAUCUAAUCUUCCCCAAUUUGCGAGACGUGAACCUGCCGGAUCUGCAAUUUCAGUGUGGGUCGCCUUUGGCGAAGCUGCUGAAAUUGGUCUCAAAAGCGGAAGGAGGCAGUCUAGUGAGAAACCUCACUUUAGAUGGGAACAUGUUGGACUUUCAGGAUAUCAAAUACACGCUUGAGACCAAUCGGAAUACUCUUUUACGGGGUUCGGAUCCGCAAUCACAAAUGCUCUGGCGCGACUCGAGGCGCCUCUUGACCGACCACGAAAAUUAGGUUCUCAAAAAUAGACAGCUGCUUUCCAGAAAAGACUAAGCCGCAACAUCGUCUUCAGGAUAAUAACACUUCGCUUCGAGGACGCUCUUGCUUCUGUUUGCACACGUGCUACUUGCUGUUUCGAAGUCUAAUAUUUGUUCUUUAGUAUCAGAUUGAAAGAGGAUGCUUGUACAUGAACAUCUUCUCUAAUGAACAAACGUGGCAGAAUUGACAGGAAAAACGUUCAAGGGUUGGGAUUCGCACAGUGGAGAGUUCCGCAAGCCGGUUUCUCUGGAAUACUUAGCCGCGAUGGCCCGUGGCGAGGAUGUUUCGGAGUUCUUUCCGAAAGAGGAGGGGGGAAGUAGACAUUUUUAUGAUAAAAUAGGUCUUGAGCUGGACGAGAAGGUUCCUGUAUUAGACUAGAGGUGUGGUCUCUUUCUUAGAUGAUCUGGACAAUUACGAGAAAGACCAUUCUCGAUCAGAGAUGUCUUAGAUGAUCUGGACAACUUCGAUGUAACUCUAGACAAGAUAUGAAUCACGAUCACGAAGAUUGGUUACUUAAUACAGGACAAAGACACACGACGACGACACGCGCAAAUAACACCUCUCUCCAGAUAACUACUCCCUUGUUGUUCUAAAUCUCGCAAGGCAGAAAGCGGCGCGGCCUACAACGGGCAGCAACACUCGUAUCAGCGCGACAGGGUAUGAUGAAGCUGUCAUCAAGUAGUGCUAGUUCGACCAUGCGGACAGCUUCUUCAACGGCGACUCGAAUAGACCCGUCAUCAGCAUCUGCGACAGUAAUGUUUACGGGCUGAGACUCAUAUUGUUAGUCUUAAGUGUACAAGGUCGCGCAAAUGCCAGUCGCUCCCAAAUGAUUGACGAGAGUGACCACUGGAUUGUAGGUUUAGAUAUUCCCUAGAAAUAAAGUUCUUGUCAGGACGAUCGAAAUUUCGAAGGUCGUCAUCUAAUAUGGUAUCUAGCAGUAGCGAGGCGACAACGAUGGCCUCAGGAUUUGGAAUGGAGGACGACGGAGCACAAAGAGGAAUGGGUGGAGCAGGUGGCCCAGGGAGGAAAAGAAUUAAGGCUGGUUUUGGGACGUUCUAGGUUUAGUUGUUGAGUAUCAAUCUUUAAGAAAAGGAAAUCUUACGGGUUCAGCUCUACAGGAGAGACACGAUGAUGAGGAACAGACGAAGGAUGGCGACACUCACGGCUAAUAAAUCACUAUCGUUCAUCUUCACGGCCAAUAAAUCACUAUUGUUCAUUUUUGUCUUUGUCAGACUUUUGUCUCGACUACUUAUCUACAUGUUCAUGUACAUUACCUCGUCCAGAUUUGCACACUCUAACGAUCUUCACAAGUCGAAGAAGCAGUCGCGAGUUUUUUUCGCUGGAGGCCAGUCAGCCGGCGCGAGGCCAGACAGUCCUAUCCGGAGAGCAGGUCGUGACGAGCUAGCACAAUUGGCGAGGAAAAACGUCCAGACUUCCACAGGAAUCGUUAAAAAGUCUGGUUUCACAGAGAGCGAUGAAGAGUUGGAUAUUGCUUAUGGCUGAGUGAGUAAGUAAGUAAGUAAGAAGUAAGUCCUCUAGAUGACAAAAUUUCGUCUUUGGUGGUUGAAAAACAAGAAUUGGCCCCCACACUAUAAAAGAGGCACCAUGACAUGACAUGACACGCGCCAGCGAACGCUUAGAAGAACAGCACACCACCCCACACCACUGACACAGAAUCAUAACUACAACUGUGCCUUAUUUUUAUGAAUCUUCAAGUUGAGUUCAAAAAUAAGAAAAAACUAAUGGUUGUUCGUCCUUUCUAACUAAGUUCAAAAAUAAGAAAAAACUACUGUGCUGUAUUAAUGGUUGUUCCUUUCUAAUACAUGUUAGACAGGAUCGAGGAGAAGUGCCGCAUACAAUUUUUCCCGGAGAUGACCACCACGUGUCUAGACAUGCUGAAACUACACGAGAACUUGCAGUAUCUUUCCCUACGGAGGUGUGGCAUCGACGAACAAGCAGUGAAAAAGUACUCUCUACUUAUUUUGUUGAAGACUUUCUUGACUUGAUAUUAAAAAGGUCUUGGUCUGUCUCUUUUCUAGUUAGGUCGGCUCCACCACAAAUAUUAAAUUAGUCCUUGUAGAAGGAAAACUUGAUUAUAUUAAUAGAUAAAUUACAACUAGUCCUUGUACUAGAAGUUGCAAUCCUUGUACUUACUUAGUUGUUAGUCCUUGUACUGGAAGUUGUAAUCCUUGUAGUUGUAAUUCAAACAAGACUACUAGUUGUAAUUCAAACAAGACUUUAAGGAGUUACGCCGGGAGUCUUACAAUACAUCAUGAUUGUUGAAGAAGACUUGAGCUGGUUCCUGCUCUCAACAACAUAGUAGGAUAAUUAUAUUAACACCCCUGCUCCAGCUCCUUUUUUCAUCACCCUGAAUAUUUCCUAAUAACCUAAACCCUAUCCGCAUUCCUUCUUGAUACGACCAUGAUCACUUUCACUGCCGUAUCCCUGUUAUAUUUCCACGUCGCAUCAAUUAGGUUAAUCCUUCCGGUUUCCAUCGAGACGCUUGUUCUCGAUGAUAACCCUUUGCUGGACAUGGGCUUGUUGUAUUUUCUGAAAGCGAACCCGCUGAUUUUUGGGGCAUUGCCGGUGGCUAUCCGGAAACUGAUAAGGGAUUAUAGUCCCAGUGAAGCCUCUGAAGGGGAGGACUCAGAUGCUGGCGACUUCGACCUUGACGAGUUCAGGAAAUCGUGCAUGCUAGAAGAAGAGGACGAGGACACGGCCGGAGAAGAGGAAGGCGUGGGAGAGAUGAAUUAUGGCUUCCCCUUUUUCUCGGGGGAUUAAGCAAGUACUUAGAAGAGGAUGCAUCUUUUUCAGACCUUAUUUUCUUCCAUGAAGUGGAUCCUGAUGUCAUAGUUCUUCUAAGACGCUACCACCUCUGGAGGCGCUGCUGCACACAAAAAAGCGGCUGGAGCUGGACAAAACCACGUGGUCGUAUCACCGAGCAGUCGUGUUGGACCAGGUUGUACGUCAGUGUCUCCGCGAGGAGGGAGCGGCAGGAACUCACCACGUAGAAAAGAUUAUGGAGGCAGCAAAGAUUCUGGAGAGGCUUCUUAUCUAUCAGUGACCAAAAAAGACGAGAUAUUUAUAUCGCACUGUUGUCGAACAACAUGAUGUAAUGCUUUCUACUUCUCCUCCUUGAACAAGAAGAUGUUGUUGUAAUAUUAAGAACCAGGUUAGCAGUACAACUAAACUAGAAGUUCUUGUAGAAGUUUCGGUUUGUCAGCUCCUGACUGCUCUAAGUUUGAUCAAACUUGGCCGUAAAAAGUCUGAGGGAGCAAACCAAGUCCCUUGAUGGUCGUGCAGAGGAAAAGAAUACUGCUGCUGCACGAGGAAAACAACAUGUUGAUCAAGGAGAGUCCUCGAAACUUCUCGAUUCAUCUUCAUCCAGCACAGAAACUCGGUUGCAGAACCUCUCGUUACGAAACUGCGGAUUGUGCGUCGGGAACUUGCUGUCUUUGCUGUUUGCUGACAAUUCUCCUCCAUUGAAGGUUCUUGAUGUUAGCGAGAAUCCCGCACUUUAUGCGUCCUAUAUCGAAGCAGCGCCGACUUGCAAACUCGAGGAAUUUUAAGGCUCCUGCCCCUAAUCUAUCUCUACUAUUAAUGUGCUGGGGAUCGAUCUCUCAAGCUUAGGCACCUCAAUUUAGAUACGACCUCUUUUUCGGCUUAUCCUAUGUGCUCCAAUAUUGAAUAUUUGUAGGAUACAAGUGUCGUGGCGAUACUUAAGACGCGACUGAUUGGGGAGGGAUUGAUAUCCAUAGGGAAAGUACUCAAGAGGCAGAUUUUUUUUAAAAUUGGGGAGACGUCCUCUAAAGAUUGUGGCUAGAGGAAUGCAAUUUGAGUAUUGAGAAUUUGAAACUCCUCCUGAAGCCGUUUUUGCACUGCGGACUGAAGGCGGUUCAUGUGGGGCGAAACAUAGACCUCCUGGGGGAAGGGGAUAAGAAGAAGCCUCGGAACAGGUCAGGGCAACUGGUGAAGGAGGAAUUCACACGUUUGACGUUCAAGAACAUCACGUUGUUCCACCAGGAAAAUAUUCCGAAGACGCUAAACUACAUUGGUACUUACUUAUUAAAAGAUAGAGCUUCUACGGAGACUUGAUGGAAGUCCACUCUACAUUUUUACUCCAUAGAAAUACUGAGGGCUUUGAAAAGUAGCUUGAGGACUUUGAAAAUCAGGCUUCCGAAAUUUGGAUCUGGAGAGCCGCAGUAUGAUCGAUAUUGUGUGGAACUUAUUGCGUGACCGUGUGGAGAUAGAUUUGGGCGGAAACCCACUGAUGGGUCUAAGCGGAAUUUCCAUGCUAUUGCUCUCCUUAAGGGGCGCACGGGCUAAAGAUCCCCGAUUGCAGUCGCCGACUGGCGCAACGUUAAGGCUUCCCCUAAUGGUCCAUCUUUAGAUAGUGCAUCUUGGAAGAGCUGCUUCAUAAGGAUUUUAGGGUUAAAAACCAAUAUGCGUCUAAAGAUGGAUCAUAAGUAGGGCCGUAAGCUCUAACAACGGCAAAGCAGAGCUUUUUCGGAUUGCUGCCCAGUGACGAAGAAGAUGAGGCGGAAAGCGGUGGGAAGAAGGAAUUUACGAUGAGCUCGUUGAGGAAAAACUAGUGUAGUACUUACUAGCAGAAGUAGGAUGAUGAACUACAGGAGGAGAGACCACACUUCUAACGCUAUCGUGAUCUUGAUAGAGGCAACAUAUUCUGUCAAAAUUCAUUUAGAUGUCCGACAAUCCCACAACCAAACUUUACUUAGGAAACGUUCGAGAGUAAUUGACUUCUGUUAGUGAGGAAUAUAAUAAAGAUUGAUUAAUCCACUAUCGUCUAGAAUUUUUCGAGAGUAAUUGACUUCUGUUAGUGAGGAAUUUAAUAAAGAUUGAUUUAUCCACUAUCGUCUAGAAUUUCUGCAUUAAAUGUGGAACUACCCCUUUUGUACCCUUGUUUCAUGUCCCGGCCUCCGAACAGUCGGCGAAAUCCACGACAAGACUUGUCGAGAAAAAAGAGGUUUCGACAUCUCACUCUGCGAUAUGAUGGUAGCAUCUAUCCGCCUGUUUUAGACGCGCGCGCUUGGAGAAACCUCCAGGCGAUCACAGCAGAGCUGAAAGAAGAUUGGGGGAUCUUACGACUUCUGGAAUAAAUCCAUCUUCAGAAGCAUCUUCUUGGACCUCCGACGUCGUGUUCUAAGGGAGAGGAACAACCGGGUGGUCCAGACUCUGAAGGUCAGAAAGGAGAGGACUCUGAAGAUGGAUUCCAGAAAGUAGGUCUAAGGAUAACACUGAUAUCAGACUGCGUGGAGGGACACAUGCUCACGAAUCUCUUGCCACCGGUUGGGUCCUGAGGGGGAGAAAGGAGUUUUUAGUGAUUAAUAUGAAAAAGAAGAUAACAUGUCCACCACAAAAUGUACACCACGAUGUUAAAUGGAGUUUUCACAACAUGAUCAUUCUUGAUGAGUUCAAGUUCAUAAAGAUAAACGUGCUGAUAUAGGAAGGUAGUACCUUAUGUGCAUGUGUAUAAGCACAGUAUACUGAAAGAAAGUGACUAAAAAUUUGCGAAUCAGAAGUCACGACACUCCUGAAGAUCUACUGAUCGGCACCUAUCCUGACCCCUAGUAAAUGAAAAGUUGCAUCUAUCCUACUUCCCUAAGUGAAAAGUUGCAUUUAUCCUACUCCAUCUAUUCGAAUCCGUGAAAAUCCGUAAAUGAAAAGCUACCUACUCUAAUCCGUAAUGUUGCAUCACUACUAAUCCGUAUACCAUCCAUGCCUAAGAAGAAAUUUUAGAAGUUGAAGGAAAUGAAAAUGUGCAUCUUCACUAGUAGAACUAAUCCGUACACAGAAAUCCUGUUCCUGCCUUCUCAGAUGAAGAAAGUUUAGAAGUUGUGGCUAAGUCAUCUGCAUUGGCACAUGAACAGACUGCAAGGUCAUGAACAGACUGCACCACUACAAUUCUCCAUGUAUUAACGACCUUAACCGUUGUAGUGGGAAAUACACGAGCCAUCAGGAGCUGCGCAUUAUGUCUUUUCAUGGCUUGAAUGACGGGCUCAAUGUCAGACACAGAAAAACACCAGAAAAGUGCUGGCCUUCGUAGCCACCUACACGUAGAAGUUUUUAUGCAGACAGUGUGUAGGCUUCAGUUGCUCGGUACGGCUCUUCAGU